AUGUCGUGUAGCGUCGAAAUCGUCACGACGCCUACGGCUGAUACGCCAGGCACAACGCUGGUACUGCGGACGCCGAGCAAGCAUUAUGUUUUCGGUAACCUGGCAGAAGGUACUCAACGGGCAAUGGUGCAGCAAGGUACACGCCUGCUGAAGGCCCAGGAUUUCUUCUUGACGGGAAGAGCAGAGUGGAAAAACAUGGGCGGAUUGAUUGGCAUGAUGCUCACAUUGGCUGACUCGAGUACGAGCUCUUAUACCACAGCCAUGGAUAUGUUUCGUCAGGGUCAAGAGCGAGGAAAGAAAGGUGAAGCACCACCAAAGCCGCACUUCGACAUCUACGGACCACCGAACCUAAAGCAUACACUGGCAACAUGUCGGAGAUUCAUCUUCAGGAAGGGCAUACCUAUCAAUGCGACCGAGUAUGUCAAACAGUCGCCUCAGAAGGACGAGAAUGGUGCUAUAGUUCCGACCUGGCAGGAUGCGAGCAUCAAAGUUUGGGCCUUGUCAGUAUCGCCUAGGGUCUCUGAAUUGGAUACACAAGCGGAAGCGGAACUGGAGAAGCGGCGACAGCACUUCGACACACAAUUGAACACGUUUGACGCUUUCCAGGCUCCUGAAAACGAGAGCCCGGAAGACCGUGAAGUAAGAUACGGCCGGAUACGGACAGCGACCAUCAAGUACAUGUUCGAUUCGAAUUGGAGAAUGGACACGCUUGUAGAACGACACAUCUCCGAGGUAGAAAUGCCUGCGGCCAUGUUCGUUCGUAAUCCCGACACACACGGAUACGAGCCCUACCAAGGUCCAAAGCCGGGUGGCUCAGAUCCUCUUCCCAAUAUCACAGUCUGGACUCGGACGCCGUGGCCUGGCGCUAUUAUUCUGGCCCUUCCACCGACUAGGCCUGCGCCAGAGUGUGUUUCGUACAUUGUGCGGUCGCACCCAUCCCGUGGCCAGUUCGACGUUGCACGCGCGAAAGCGCUAGGCGUCAAACCGGGGCCUGAUUUCGGAAAACUCACGAACGGCCAGUCGGUUUCGAAUGCGAACGGCGAGAUCAUAACCCCAGAACAGGUCAUGGGAGCUGACAGGCCUGGGCAGGGUGUUGCUAUCCUGGACAUUCCCUCAAUUGCGUAUAUUGAAAGUAUCCUUCAGCGAGAAGAGCUUAGCUCUCAAGAAGUGAUGACCGGCAUUGGAGCUAUCGUUUGGAUGCUUGGUCCAGGCGUCGCAGGUCAUCCGGCUCUUGUCGAAUUUAUGAACAAGAUGGACAGUGUAGAACACGUAAUAUCGUCCAUAGAUACUGCGCCUAAUCGCAUUGCAAAUGACUCGGUAGCAGCACAGGCUACGCGUCUUGGACAGAUCGACCCCACAAGAUAUUCCACGCCUGUGUUCGACAACACCACUCUACCCCAGAAAAGUUUAUACAGGACUGAUCCGUCAGCAUCAUCGCCAUCGCCAUCGCCAUCGCUCAACGGAGCCAUUGCUGCUGAUCGAGGCAUGUCCUUUACACUCAUGCCGAAGUUUGUUUUGAAGAAGGAUACUGCUUCCAAGCUCUUCGUUCCCAACGACGUACGAAGCGAGACUCCACCUGAAGUUCUUGAGCUGGCCAAACAAGCCCAAGCAGCCGUGCAGGGCAACCGCGGAGACAUGCGCAUGUGGAGACAGCUACUUGCGCGUCCUGACACCGAGGUGACGACCCUCGGAACAGGUUCUGCCUUGCCGUCUAAAUACCGUAACGUGUCUGCCACUUUGGUACGGGUUCCUGGCAUCGGAAACUACCUCCUCGAUUGUGGAGAGAACACAUUGGGCCAACUUUCAAGAGUCUUUCCCCAUGAAGAACUUGUGGAUAUUAUCAAGAAUUUGCGGUUAAUAUGGAUCAGCCACCUGCAUGCCGAUCACCACCUGGGUACAGCAGCAGUGAUUCGUGCUUGGUACCAGACAGUACACGAUGCUGUUCCCAAUUCCCAGCCCCUCGAUACUUCCGCGAGCAACAUAGACACCAACGCAUACGGUCUUUCUGUGAUAUCACACAGUGGUAUGCUUCAGUGGCUCAACGAGUACUCCGCAAUCGAAGACUUUGGCUACAGCCGGAUUCUACCUCUUCAAAUCACCGCAAAUGAAGCUCGCAAGAGCUCGACGUUAUCCAUACUAAAUUCGUUCGGCAAAAACGUGUCUGAGAACCCUAUUGUACAAAGAGGAGACUACGAGCGACUAUUUGGGUUCCAAGACAUACAAGCUGCUAAGGUAGCACAUUGUCAUGGAGCCAUGGCUGUUUCGAUGACUUUCCCGAGCUCACCAUCAGAUCCUGAAGGUGUGAAGCCACUCAAAGUCAGCUAUUCGGGCGACUGUAGACCAAGCUACCACUUCUCCAAGAUCGGAACCGACACCACAGUUCUCAUUCACGAAGCAACUUUCGACGAUGAGUUACAAGGUGACGCAAAGGCAAAGAAACAUUCCACCACCUCCGAAGCACUUGGUAUCGGAGCACAGAUGAACGCUAAAGCUGUUGUGCUCACACAUUUCAGCCAGCGAUACCAAAAGAUUCCUGUCCUACAGACCGUCACCGACGGCGAGGAAGAAGAUCCUCUACUCAACCCCAAAGAGGUCGCCGAAGACGUACCCAUGGAAGACGAAGAAGCCGAAGUCGACCCCACUAUCGAAAAUGCAGACAACAUGGACAUGCACCCCACCAUCCCUUCCUCCACAGCCCUUGCGCCAGGACCCGCGAAACCGAUCCCCUCCCUCACACACGAAACCUCCUUUUCGCUCCGCGAGAAUGCGCGUGUCAUCAAAGUACGCAACAGGGACAUGAAGGUCGCCAUUGCAUUCGACUACAUGCGCGUCAAGAUUGGCGAGAUAUGUGAGUUGGAAAAGUUCAAUGACGCAUUGAAUGAACUACUCGUCAAGGAUGAGGAAACAGACAGUGCACUGGAGGGAGCUACGAAGGGAGCGAACGGAAACGGGAAGAGGGCAAGUGAGGAUGAUGGUGAGGGCAAGGAGGGCAAGGGAAAGAAGAAGCAGAAGAAGCAAAAGGAGAAGAGUAAGCGGAAUAACUGA